AUGGCCAACAAGACUUACAAGCUCAACACCGGCCAAGAAAUCCCGGCUAUCGGCCUUGGGACUUGGCAAUCCCCUCCUGGCGAGGUCCGCAAAGCAGUCUACGUUGCGCUUGAGGCUGGAUAUCGGCUGAUCGAUUGUGCUUAUUGCUAUGCCAACGAGGAUGAGGUCGGGCAAGGGUUGGCGGACGCAUUCAAGGCCGGUAUUGUUAAGCGAGAGGAUAUCUUUGUUGUGAGCAAAGUCUGGACAACGUACAAUACGCGAGUGGAGCUGGGAUUGGACAAGAGUCUGAAGUCUUUGGGCUUGGAUUACGUGGACUUGUUCCUAGUGCAUUGGCCAUUGUUGAUGAACCCGAACGGCAACGACGAUCGGUUCCCCAAACUUCCCAAUGGAGAGCGUGAUAUUAUCCGCAGCCACAACCACGUCGAUACGUGGAAGCAGAUGGAAGAGGUGCUCAAGACUGGCAAAACAAAGGCUAUCGGCGUCUGCAACUACAGCAAGCGCUACCUCGAGCAGCUCCUCCCCCACGCCACUGUUAUCCCAGCAGUCAAUCAGAUUGAGAACCACCCGGCGUUGCCCCAGCAAGAAAUUGUUGAUCUCUGUAAAGAAAAGGGCAUCCACAUCAUGGCGUACAGCCCAUUGGGUAGCACUGGCGGCCCUCUGUUCCGUGCCGAGCCGGUUGUUAAGAUUUCAGAGAAGCAUGGUGUUAAGCCUGCGACCGUUUUGCUGAGUUAUCACCUCCGUCGAGGAAGCACUGUCCUGGCCAAGUCAGUCACCCCUGAGAGAAUCAGGGAGAACCUGAACCUCAUUGAGCUGGAUGACGACGAUAUGAAGCUGCUAAAUGACUACUCGGACAAGUUAACCAAGGAGGGCAAGCUGCAGAGGUUUGUGUAUCCGCCAUUUGGUGUAGACUUUGGCUUCCCAGACAAGUCUUAA